AAUACUGGCAGCACUCUCAUAAACUGUCAAACUUGCUUGCAUCUUUUUUUUACAUUUUUUAUUUACCUCGUUUUAUCAAAAAGCAUGAGCGAAGAAUCAUCUCAAGAUCAACAAAUUCUAAAAAUUCCACUUUAUUGUUAUCAUUCCAAGCCAUUUCUUGUUGAAGAACUUGCAUUAGAAGAAUCCUAUCAAAAUUUACAUUACGGACGAUGUUGUGUUAUUGGAAGACUAGCUCAAGAUUCUACUGAUUCCUCCAAUUGGUUUCUUGAAAAUAUUCGUUUACCUAGUUUACCAAAAAAGUAUUCCCUUCCAGAAGGAACUAUAAAUUUGCUAUUGUCAAUCAGAAAUUUCCGGCGUUCAAUACCAAAUGGAAAAAUUUGCGAAAUAAUUGGUGAAUGUAUUCUUAACGAUACUACUAUUGAUAAAACUGCAAGUAAAAUUCCACUAACUUCUAAAGACAUUACUGAAAAACUUAACUAUUUAAGUACGAAAAGUCCUCAAUGUGUACUUGAGUACAAAACAUUCUUAUUGACAAGAUAUAAACCAGCAAUUUCUGUUGAUGAUAUAAAAGUCUUAGAACGUGGACAUGAAUUAGCCGAACGUAAUAUUGAAAUAAGAAUGCUAUCAAAGAAAUAG